AUGAAGAGACAGGCGCUCAAGGAGGCGCUCGCCGCCAUUCUGAUCGGCGACGAGGACAGCCCGGGCCUGCUGCCCGACGCGGUCGAGGCCAUCCUCGCCGGAAGCGCCGAGCUGGUCAACUCGAUCCUCCAGAAGAUCGAGGAGCUGCUCACGAAGGGCCUCGUCGGCACCGGCGAUGCGCCCGGCAUCCUGCCCGGCCUCAAGGCGAAGGUCAUCGGCAGCGCGGAUGGCUCCAGCGGCCUGCGGCGCGUGUUUGCACUCGUCCACGACGUGCUCGGCUUCGCGGGCAAGUUCCUCGAGAACAUCAACGACACGGUGACCGACGUCCUCAAGGGGGACGGCAUCGACACCAAGCUGCUCUCCAACACGGGCGAGCUGCUCAAGGAGAUCAAGGACUCGGUCGGCGACCUACUCCAGGUCAAGGACCUCCUCGACGGCGUCGACAGCUUCAUCGUCCUGCUUCUCAACAACGUCCUCUCGCUGGUCGGUGGCAUCGUCUGGGGGGUCGAGUGGUUCCUCGACAACCCGUGGGGCGGCGUCGGCGUCAUGCUGGACUCGACCCGGGCGCUCGUCGGCAACCUCCUCCCCGACGACAUUCAGAUCAUUGAGAGGCUCAAGGAGACCGUCAAGAAGGAGGGCUCCGCCGCCAAGGAGCCGGAGGCCUUCCCGAUCGUGCUCGACUUCCUCGCCAAGGUGCUGUCGUGCGGCAAGCUGCAGGGCGGCGACUUGGAGCUCUUCAUCACGGCGCUCCUCGACGUGGCCAAGGACAUCGCCGUGGCCGUGCUGGAGGCCGUGCGGGCCUUCCUCUCUUCGCUCGGCCUCUUGCUCGGCCUCAAGACGCUGCUCGAGGGCGUGCUCAGCUUCACCAAGAACCUCCUGACCAACAUCAACGAUUUUGUCGCGGCCGGCGACGAGCUCAUCAAGCUCGCCAACGUCAAGGUGAAGGUCAAGGAGCUGCUCGGCGGCGUCAUCGGCUUGGUCGCGCAGGCGCUGAGCUCGACCCGAGACGUGGUGUCCGCCCUUCUCGGCAGCGUCUGCGGGCUGGUCGGCCACAUCAUCGGCGACGUCCUCGAGCUCGUCAACAACAUCCUGCUCGGGGCGGGCCUGCUCGUGGGGCUCCUCGCGGGCAUCUACAGCGGCCUCAAAAAGUGCAUCGGCCACAUCGAAUGCGGCAAGCCCUUUGGCAAGAGGGCCCGGCGGCUCCUCUGUAUCCCCUUUGUCAAAGACUCGGCGUUCUUGGACGUCGACAUCCACCCGUGCACCAUUCCCCUCGUCCAGCUCAAGCUCUGCGCCGAGUGGAAGACCGACACCACGCCCGCGUCCGAGUGA